GACUGAAGCUCCACAGACGCACAGAGCCAUUAGAGCCAGUGGCUUCACACCACCGAGACACUGAGAAGAAGAGAAGAAGAGAAGAAGAGAAGGAAAGGAAAAAGGAGGAAGGCAGAAACGGCGAUAGAACAGAACAGUACAGAAGAGAUCCGAUCCAAAUAGAUCCGAUUCGAUCCGAUCAGACGGGAUGGUGGGAGCUGAAGCGGCACAGGAUGUUGAAGCUCAGAUGCUCCGGGUUCACUGAGUCGGGAUUACGCGGAUAAACCGAGUUUAAAACCUGAUACACACCUAAAGAUCCGGUUUAUUUUAUUAAUUGAUUUUUGCUCUUUUUUUGUAAUUAUUUGUUUUAUUAUCUCUGGACGGAUUUUCUGCAGCAGAGGAACACAAGGCACACAGGACCGCUUUUAUCCUUCUCCAACUCGGGCUGUGAUUCCAGCCUCUGCGCGCACCGGGACUCCGCGUCUUUCGGGUUUUCUUCUUUUUUUUGCGGAAUUAUUUGCGCUUUAUUGUGUCAGACGCCGCCUUCAGAGUGACAGCGUGCAGUAAUGACAUUCUCAGCGUUUCUUCAUCCAUCUGAGCUGAACGCACAGGAGUGCGCGUGUUUACUCUUAUCCCAUGUCCAGAUUUAAAAGAAAACUUUUUUGAAAAAAGAAAAAAGAAAGAAAUAUAUUUUUCUUAUUUCGCGCACUUUCAGCGCAAAAGCUGGAGCAAGAAAUCGGCAUCAAUACAAACAACAACAACAACAACACACAAAAGGAUCAUUUAUACCAAAGACUGUCUUUAAGACUGAAACUCUUUCGGCUUUACUCUUUUUUCUUUUUCUUUUUUAAUAUAUAAACAAGAACAACUUUAAUGUGAAGACUGAAUACCUCUGUUUUUACAAGAUUAGAAACAGGUUCGCAUCCAAAGGGGGAAAAAAAUCAGACUGAUAAAUAAAUUAAAGCUAUUUCUUUCCUAUCCGUGAAGGAGGUUCUAAUUUUUUAUCCUUUUUUUCUUAAUACAACAUUAAUUUUUUUUUCUUUUACAAACGCCAUAAAACUGAAGCGCUGUGAAGGAACUUGGAAUACAUUUUACUUCCUUUGACCUUCAUAAAGUAGCGCAGAAAGGAAGGUCGGAACGAUGCCUGAUUCACCAGCCGAUGUGAAAACCCAGCCCAGGUCAACUCCGCCCACAAUGCCACCCCCUCCACCUGCUGUGAGCCAAGCAGCCAAUCGAAACGCCUCGUUCACACCUACAACCAUGCUAAACGGGAGCAGCCACUCGCCCACUGCACUAAACGGAGCUCCGUCUACACCGAACGGCUUCAGUAACGGACCGGCCGGCUCGUCCACCGCCGCUCUGCCCACGCAGCAGCUUCCCCCGGCGUGUGGCGCACGACAACUCUGCAAACUCAAACGCUUCCUCACAACGCUGCAGCAGUUCGGCAACGACAUCUCACCCGAGAUCGGGGAGAGGGUGCGCAGCCUGGUGCUGGGCCUCGUGAAUUCAACUCUCACCAUAGAAGAGUUUCACUCAAAACUGCAGGAGGCCACCAACUUCCCUCUCCGACCCUUUGUCAUCCCUUUUCUCAAGGCCAACCUGCCCCUCCUGCAGAGGGAGCUGUUGCACUGUGCCCGUCUGGCCAAGCAGACGCCCGCUCAGUACCUGGCUCAGCACGAGCAGCUGCUUCUGGAUGCCAACGCCAUCUCUCCGCUCGACUCGUCCGAAAUCCUUCUGGAGCUCAAUGAGCACGGCAAGAGGAGGACGCCUGACAGGACCAAAGAGGCGGGAGGUGAGAGAGACCCCUUGCACGCCGAACACAUGGCCAAGCGGCCAUGUACAGUCAGCCCGAGCCAGCGCUUCAGUCCGAGCAGCGGCAUCGCAGCACACGCUACUCCCAACGGUCUGCCCACUCACCCUCCCAACGGCCUGGCCCACCCGAGUGCCCCCGGUCCACAGCAGUACCGCCUGGAAGACAUGGCCAUGGCCCACCACUACAGAGACGCCUACAGGCACGGCGAACACCGGGAACCACGCGAACGCCACCGCCAGACAGCUGUUCAUGGAGCGCGUCAGGAGGAGGUCAUCGAUCACCGGCUCACCGACCGUGAGUGGGCUGAAGAGUGGAAGCACCUGGAUAACUUGCUGAACUGCAUUAUGGACAUGGUGGAGAAGACACGGCGCUCACUGACUGUUCUGCGGCGAUGUCAGGAAGCCGACCGAGAAGAGAUGAACCACUGGAUUCGGCGCUACAGCGAUGUGGAGGAUAUGAAAAAAGAUAUUCACCGAGACUUCCUUCAUCGGCCUCCAUCCGGCUACCUGCCUGAAGAGAUCUGGAGGAAGGCAGGUGCCCCCAGCAUCCCGCUCUCCCCAGCAAUAAAGCAACUACACAACAAACAGGAGGAGGCGGUGAACGAGGUGAAGAGGCAGGCCAUGUCUGAGCUGCAGAAGGCCGUGUCUGACGCUGAGAGGAAAGCUCACGAGAUGAUUUCAGCCGAACGCUCCAAGAUGGAGCGAGCGCUAGCGGAGGCCAAGAGACAGGCCUCGGAGGACGCGCUGUCCGUCAUCAACCAGCAAGAGGACUCCAGUGAGAGUUGCUGGAACUGCGGCCGCAAAGCGAGCGAGACGUGCAGCGGCUGUAACACGGCGCGCUACUGCGGCUCCUUCUGCCAGCACAAGGACUGGGAGAAACACCACCACGUGUGUGGACAGACGCUGCAGGGGCUACCUGGAGGUUCCAGUGUUCCUCUGGGAACUCCUUCUUCUUUGUCCUCGUCCUCCAGCGCUCCGCCCAUGCACUCUGAGAGCACCACUCCGGGCCCUCUGUCUCUGGUGGGCCAGGCUGGCGGUGCAGGAAGCCCCAAAGACAGCAGCUCCAGCAGUGUGUCACGUUCCACCACCCCUGCUACACCUGCCCUGCUGGACUCCUCCUCCCGCUGACCUCUAACCCCAAAGUCCGCGAGCGACACACACUCACUGCUACCGCUGACGCUAACGCUGCUGCUGCUGCUGCACCUGCACCCAAAAGAAGAUGAGAAAUGUUUCUCGCACUUCUUCCCACAUCUACGAGUUCCUCACUUCUUCUUCUUCUUCUUCUUCAUCCCCUUCUUGUUCUCGACUACCUGAUGCUCUCAUUUAUUCAACCCUAGCUCUAUAUUUAUUAACAUUGGAAAGGGUUUGGACUUGAUAGCGAAAGUCAGCGAUUUUUGUGCACUGUUAAAAACAAGGCAGAAAGAAAGAAAUUCAAGUUCGGCUUUAGGAAUCAUUUAAGCCCUGGAUAUGUGUAUAUAUGUAUACAGUCAGCAUGGAGACACCUGACUACACUCUGUCCUCUUUCUUCAGAGAAGCUUGAAUACAGGAGUUUGAUUCCUUCUGCCAGUCUGACACACACACACACACACAACACACACACACUUUGGUUCUUCUGUCCUGGUCUGGGUUUGUACAAAUGGAUGGACAUACAGACAGACAGACAGACAGACAGACAGACAGACUUCCCCUCCCGUAUCCCAGCGCUCCGUUCUUCAAACCAUUGAACGAUCUUCUUUCACCGGUUUGUUUCUGGCUUUAACAAGAAAAUCCAAAAAUAAUGAUGCUAAUAAUAAUAAAUAAUAAUAAUAAUUCUAAUAAAAAGAAUAAAGACCUGAUAACUACCUUGCUAGCGAGCCAAGAAAAACCUACACCGGACUCACCUCUCUGUUCCGACGUGAACCCAAAAGAAAGACACAAAAAAAAAAAAAGAACGCGAUCCAAACCUUUUUAAUACACUGCCAAAGUUUCACGGAGAAGCACUCGUCUUUUAACCAAACGCGAAUGACGCAAAAAAAAAAAACUCCUCAAACCCGAGUUUGUGGUAGAGGCAGCAAGGGAAAUAAAAAAAGGGACAAAUUCAAUCCCUGCCUCAUUCCUCUCACUGUGCCCUGCCCUCUUUUCUUGACUCAGUCCCCCGCAAUCCUCUGCUCCGACCCUGAGGAACGCGGUGACGGGACACGUCGUCCGCUCAAAGUGGGAAAGACGUGUCUGCGGCGAGAGAACGCGAGGACGAGCGGACCAAACACCGCGCACGGAAAUGGACUUGGCCUCGAAAGGCGCUCGGAACGGCAAACAUACCCCGCAAAGCCCUCGAAAAGCCCCGAGAACGUCUGCACGAGAACAACGCCCUCUAAGGGCGAGCCUUUUGAAGCAAUUCUCUUGUCAUUUUGUUCUCCCAGUUUUACACCGAACUUUCCCUCGUUUUUUUUUUGUCCAAAGCAUGAAAAAAAAAUCAUAAAAAGCGUUGUGGACUCGAGUUCUCUAUCCAUCUAUCUAUCUAUCUAUCUAUCUAUCUAUCUAUCUAUCUAUCUAUCUAUCUAUCUAUCUAUCUAUCUUUUUAUUAUUUUUUUUUUUUUUUUCAACUUUCUGCUCACUUCUCGUCUCGGUCCCCUCUGAGAAGAUAUCUAAGAAGGGAUGAAAUGUGUAGAUACUGCGUUCUGGUUCUCGAUGUCUAUGUCUCUGAUGUCUCUCUGACUCUCUGCCUGAAUAUUUAUUAUUAUAUUUUUUUCGUUUGUUCGUCUCGUUAUUUCAUUUUUUUUUCUUCUUUUUUUGGGGUCCGGCUACAUGUAAAAACGUUUUUUUGUUUUUUUUUUUCUGAGGGGGAGAAAUGUGUAGAGCGAACAUGGCUGGUGUUUGGAGACAGCGAAAGGACGGAGGUGCAAUAUGAGAAGAGAAUUCAGCUACUGAACGGAACCUCAGAAACCACCCGUAGGGUACCUUUUAAUAUAAAAUCUACGUAAAAAAAAUCUAUUUAAAAUAACAACCAUAACUUAAUGUGAAUGUAUAUAGUAUUUAAAAAAACGUGAGAGGUCCAAAAAAAAAUAUGUGUUUGCCAAAUAACAAAGUAUAAUGUCUUCGAAUCGUUUCUCAGUUCUUUUCCAAAUCGAAGCAAUUGUAAUUACUCGUUCAGACCCAUGCUUUUUCAUCGCGUCUGUUUUACUCGCUGUAUAUCGUGUAAUCUGUAGAUGUAGGUGACGGUCCUGAUUUUGCCGAAUCGCAGGAAGUAAGUUAAAAAUAUGAUCUUCGCUUAAACGACAUCGUUGGUGCGUCUGCAAAAUCAGGACCCACUUAAUUGAACCCGGAGGUGAAAACGAAGUAACCUCGUUAAGUCGGUAUGACGCUGAUUGCAGGCUUUGACGUCACUUCCUGUUGAUUUUCAGUCUGCGAGACGCUUUUGUCCUGAACCUCCGACGUCGAUUAUCACGCCACUUUCAUUUCUGCGGUCCGUUUUUUUUUUUCUCGUGCUUUAGAGUCGUCAGCUUUCCCUUCACAGGUAUUGGAACGCGAACACACCUCAGAGCAUCGAAGGACUUUUAAUGAACGACGCGAUGAGCAGAAUUGCCCUUCGAAUGCGAACUGAUUUAAACGUUUUGUGCACUCAGACGUCCUGUCCAUGUGUCAUACCUCUAACACGGAGCACACUUGAAGGUUUUCUUGCUUGGCGUCUUGUGCUGUUUAUGUUUUUUUUUUUUUUAUUUAAAUCCGGUGCAUUGAAAAAAUGCACCGAAUGAUCUAUUUUCUUAUUUCUAAAUUAAUAUAUAUUAAGUCCUUCACCUGUUCCUAGUUUAGCACCUGUGUAUGAUGAAGCAGGACACCAGAGCUCCAUGUGGUUCUCAUCAAAUCCUCCUCCAACAACAGGUCUCCCCCCUCCCUCCCCCGGUUCGUUUAUCCUCGGCCUUCCCGCCCCUCGUUAGCUACCUCCCGUCCUACAACUGUCAGAUCGACACGUGUUCAGAGAUCCGUGUCCACUAACAGACAUUCAAACCCUGCGCCAGACGAGGCCUACGGAUCAGACAUCAUAAAAGAGAUUUAUAUCAGAACGUCUGCCAUUUUUAAGAUCUACAAAGGAUCAUAUACGCAUCGUUAGUUGCCAUAGUAGCGAUGCACCGUUUGUGUUGUUUUGAGACGCAUAACAAUUCACUUUAUUCCAUCAAAAUGAGAAAAUAGAGAGCAAACUUUCCAGGAAAUCCUGAACUAACAUAUCCCAUACUCGUCCCAAAAAAAACAGACCAAAGCACCUCUGCAUGCUGGUGAAUCGCAGCCUCUUGAAUAUAAGCUGGUACACACCCCUGAUCCAAAGUGUUAAAAAUAUAACCAGCACACACACACACACACACACACACACACACACACACACUCCAAGACAGCAUGCUGAACUGGAUGUCCUGGUACCUUCAUACAGAGACACAGCAAGGCAUGUGCCCACGUUCUAUACAAUAUAAUAAUCCACAUAGAUUCUUUUUUAUAACAGGAGAAGUAAUGAUCUGCACGGCCCCGCUGUGGAAGUACAGGUGUGGUUGUCUUUUUAAAACGUAAGCCUUACCACGUUGUAAAUACUGACAAACGUUUACGCAGUUAUCACGAUAUGGGCACGUGUCAAGCAUCGGCCGACUUCGCUCGAGGACGUCCGGUGUGUUCGGUGUGUUCCCGAGCGUCAGAAGCUUCCUAUCCAUGAUCUCGCUGUGCAAAACUUGAAUAUUUUAGAGCUUUAAUCUUUAUAACAAGGAAAACAAAGGCGGAGGAUACACACACACACACACACACACACACACAAUUUUCACACAUCUUUUAUGCUUUACAUGUCUGUUUAGACCACAUUUCAGUCAUAUAAAGCCCUAAAAUGUGAUUUGUCUCCAACCAAAGCUAAACCAAAAGGAAAGAGCUUUCUGAUGUAUCUUCUACUAUUUAUAUUAUACUAUAUAUACACUAUAUGGACAAAAGUUCAUGGACACCUGAGCAAAAGAUUGGUAUGUAAAUCCUAUUGAACAUCCCCUUCCACAUCCAGUCCCAAUACUACCUUCUACUCUUCUGGGGAGAUGUUCCACUUGAUCUUCAGAGCCACAAUGGUGUUAGUAAGGUCAGGUAUUGAUGUAGGUGGGGUGAGUAGGCCUGAAGUGGAGUCAGCGUUCACACUUAUCAUGUUCUAGCUCUAUAGCAGGAAGUUCUUCCACAUCUUCCAACCCCAUGUCAAGCAGUUCUUCACGGAGAUGUUUUGGCUUUGUGCACAGGGGCGUUGAACAGGUCUGCGUUUCCUAAUUUUUUUAAGCCGAGAGACCGCAUCCAAAGACGUUCUACAGAAAUGUGUGUGUGGUAAAGAUGUACAUACAACUGGAACAAAUUCGGGUGUGCCAAUACUUUUGCCCAUAUAUUGUAAUAUUAUAUAUAUAUAUAUAUAUAUAUAUAUAUAUAUAUAUAUAUAUAUAUAUAUAUAUAUAUUUAAACGAUUCUUAUUUUCGAGGCUGGGGAACAUUUAGGGCUGAAAAUUUCUGAUUGUGAACAAAAUCCACCCUUUAAAACAAACCUGUGAAGUCACAUGAUCUUUGUAGGAUUAAAAUCUGAAACAUUUCUAUACAGUUUUCAAACGAUCUAAUUUAACGAGGGCUUUUUUUUUUUAUCCCUUUUUUAUUUCUGCUUUAAUCCCACCAUCUGUGAAGGGUACAAGGGGAAUAUUUUGCUCGGGGGGAAAAAAUGCACGUGAUCAAAAGCUUUUCUGACUUUAAACCAGAAGCCUUUUAUUGGUGGACAUCCACAGCUCAUAGUUCCUCCUGUUGUAAUGUAACAAGAUGCUAACAAGGCGCUAUUGCUAGCAAAGCCAGAACGGACGCUUGAUCUCCCUAAUGCUAAAAAUAGCUAGAGACUUUUAUUUUUUGUUUGUUUUUUGUAAAAAUAAAUACCUAAAGAUGGAGUGACAUGUUUAGGGAAGCAUUAUUUACUGUAUUGUGCAAUACAUUGUUACAGAAAAGAGAACAUUGUUUCUGUAGGAAAAAGGUUGGUGUGAUGAAGAACUUUUUUUUUUUCUUCCUGUUAUCAGUCUCUAGAUGAAGUAAACUGUACCAGGA